AUGGGUACAGUGUUCAGCUUCAUCUCGGUCGCCGGGCUCUUCGCUCCAAUAAUUGGUGGUCUUUUGUACGCCAGAUCAGGAUACAACGGUGUCUUUGGUCUUGGAUUGGGGUUGAUUGCCAUAGACCUCAUAUUGCGCUUACUUAUGAUUGAAAAGAAAGCUGGAGCAGUAUAUGACGACACGCCGUGCAAUACACGAGAUGCAAUUCCUGGUGGCGAUUCGGAUGAUAACGAGCAAAGACCACUGUUGCCAAAGACUUCGCCGAACGUUAAUGGAUACCGCCUUACCCAGCCAAAAAAACGGCUAACCCGCGCCAUACCCAUCCUACUCCUGCUCCGUGAUAGCAGUCUGUUAACUGCCAUUUGGAUUGGCUUCAUGCAGUCCAUUCUCCUGGGAGCUCUCGAUGCCACAGUCCCUCUCGUCGCACAUGAGCAAUUCGGUUUCGAUAGCUUGAAAGCUGGUCUGCUCUUCUUACCGCUUGGUAUGUCAGACCUUUGUCUUGGGCCUGUCUUCGGUUGGGGUAUAGACCGCUAUGGUACAAAAACUUUCUCUGUCCUUGGAUUCACCUGGCUGAUCCCGAUGCUGGUGCUUCUGCGACUACCUCUCGAGCCUUCCAUUGCUGGCCGUUUAGACAAUGGUCAGCUUAUCGCGCUGUACUCGAGCGUGUUGGCGCUGAAUGGUGUAGGCUUGGCUAUGAUCAACAGCCCUGCUCUUGUGGAGGCGGGCAGUGUUGUGGAAAAGUAUGCAAAGGCCAACAAAGACAUCUUCGAGGAAGCGCCGUGGGCCCAACUUUACGGUAUCAACAGCAUGGUUUUCAGUGCAGGACUCACCGUUGGGCCAUUGCUCGCCGGUGCGCUGAGAGAGAGCAUUGGUUAUGGCAACAUGAACGCGUUGCUAGCUGGUAUGUGUGGACUGACGGCCCUGUUGUCGGCCUUGUUUAUUGGACAAAGUGAGAAGGAUUCAUAG